UGCAUUGACAAAUGAUAGGUGUUUUCGGCGGGAUAGACGGUGYAUACUAUUACUUUUAAUUCAAACGCUCGUUUUAAUAAGAAAAAAGAAAAAAGGUCAGUGUCACUUGUAUGAAGCGGAUCAUCUUCACUUUUCACUGUGAAAUGAUAGUCUCCCGCCUACAAGAAGCUUUAGAGGAUCGAGGAGCAGUUUUGGUCGUGCUCGAGUCCACUGUUAUGGCCUUGGUUCUAUUUUUUGGAAUCCUGGGAAAUUCCAUGGUAUUCUGCGCUAUUUACAGAAACCGUAAUUUACGUAGCAUUUCCAACAUGUUCAUUCUUGGACUUGCGGUCAGCGAUAUACUGAUGUCAAUAAUUUGUAUGCCACUUUCUUUGAUAACUUUGAUUCGCGGACGAUGGAUGCUGGAUGAYAUCGUUUGCCGCAUACAUGGUUUCUGUGUAUUGACUCUUGGCUUAGYCUCUCUACACACGAUGACUCUAGUUUCAGUGAAUCGCUAUUUCUGCAUGCUUAAAACGGCAAAGUACGCAAGACUUUUCAAGAAGAAGCGAACAAUUCUCUAUAUCUUCCUGAUGUGGUUAAAUGCACUAAUCGGUUCAGUCCCGCCCUUAUUCUUCGAUGUCGGUGGCUUCUCGUUUCAACCUGGAAAAGCAAUGUGCCUUUAUGAGUUUGAAGCCAAUAUUCCCUUCACAGCCUUUAUAGAGAUUGUCUACAUUGGACUUCCACUUCUCCUAAUAACAUACUGCUACUCAUCAGUUUUCAAAACAGUUUAUCGAACAAACAAAGUGUUCACCUUAAAGGAARCAACUCCAGACGAGCUUCGUGCUAAUGUACGAGAGACAAAGAUCACCAAGACUUUAGCGGUUGUAUUCCUGGGUUUUGCGUGUUGCUGGAUGCCCGUGAGUGUCAUUGAUUAUAUCGAUGCUAUCAAUGGUACGCCUGUUCUCGCAAGACGAACUUAUUUGGCAUAUGGGUUUUUAGUUUAUAUAUCCAGUACAGUCAACCCAAUUAUAUAUGGAAUAGCUAGUAGGGCGUUCAGACAAGAGUACAAUAAGAUCCUACGAAACGUUUUUAGUAGGCUAGUCUGUUGCUACAAUAAAAUACACGAAGGAAAUCAGUCUCUUAGUCGAGAUGUGGCAGCUCUUUGAAAACCGCCCGAGAACACGAGAGAACAAAGGACACAAAGCCAGUCACUUUGCUAACUUUGCUUCAAAAUACGACAUAAUAUAUUUUCUAGUAUAUUGUUUUUGAUAUAUUAUGAUUUAACUUUUAAAUUCAGAAAAAAAAUUCAUUUAAAAAGUCAAUUCAAAAGUCAUUCUGUCCA